CUGUCCCCAGAUGACUUGAAAAUUCAUCAUGGGGUGUACAUCAAGUAUGUCGAGAAAAAACUCGUCAGCGACUUCCUUCCGGCUGAUUUUGGUCGGUUUGGACGGGGCAGGAAAAUCCUCCCUGCUGUACAAAUUGUCCAUCGGAGACUUUGUGGAGACAAAACCGACAAUGGGUUUUAAUGUGGAGACAAUUAAUUACAAUAAUCAUACGAUCACUCUGUGGGAUAUGGGAGGAAAACCUAGUAUACGCAAACUAUGGAAGCAUUAUUAUCUCAACUGUCAUGGGAUGCUUUUUGUCAUUGAUGGAUCCGCUCGCGAUCGUCUUCAGGACGCAGACGACCUUCUGACGUCACUACUGCUGGAGAAAGAAUUACUUGGUGUUCCGAUGGUAUUUCUGGCAAACAAAAAGGAUAUCGAAGGAGCAUUAUCGGAAAGUGACGUGAUAGAAUAUUUCUCAUUGAACCAAAUUUCCAGCAGGCUGUGUACAGUUCAAGGCACGAGUGCAUUAACUGGGGAAGGAAUUUAUAAAGCAUUGGAUAACAUGAUCAGUUUUAGAAGACAUAUUGAUAGAAUGCAGGCCUGA